AAAACCCGUCCGCAAUCACAGCGAGUUCUCAUUCCAGCCCGAAUACUCACACAGACGGUUCGGCUGAUACUGAGACACCAUGAACAAGUUACUUCUCCUCCUUCUGGGGGCCUGCCUGACGCAGGCGACCAUCAGAUCAGAAGACCUUGCUGACAAGGUGUUUGGUCAGGGUCGGGCCUACGGGUACAGGUACGAGGGAGAGAUCAUGUCCGGCAUCCCCAAAACCUCCGACAGGUUCUCCGGCAUGCGGAUCGAGUGCGACGCGCGCCUGCAGUUCCAGACGGACGAGGAGGUCCUGCUGCGUCUUGAGAACGUGAAGCUGAAGACGCUGCGCGGCGAACUGGAGUCUCCCGAGGAGAAGGCGCUCAACAGGAUCGUCAAGAAGACUUCCAAGGAGACGGCCCAGGAGCAGUGGCACCAGGACGCGUUCCGCCAGGAUCUGUUCACGUCUUCCGCCGAGGAGUGGGACGCCAAGUCCAUCCAGACGUCCUCCCAGGAGAGCCGGGAGACGCCCAGCAUGGAGAGGCACCAGCAACAGAAGCAGCGCGAGGCGAUCAGGAUCAAGGAACAGAAGACGUCCUCUGAGCAGCAGGGCCGUACCAGCAGCCAGCGGAGCUCACAGUCCGUCUCUCGCGAGGAGAGCGAGGAGGUUCCCUCCGACGAGCUGGCGGAGCUGCGGCGCCAGCUGGAGAAGCCCGUGCUGGUGGUGUACCGGCAGGGCCGCGUGGAGAGCAUCCGGGGCCAGAAGGACGAGCCGCAGUGGUCCGUCAACAUCAAGCGCGGCGUCAUCAACCUGUUCCAGUGCACCCGUAACCCCAAGAACUCCGAGAUGUUGGACAAGGACGGGCGCGAGGAGACUAACGUGGCGUUCGACAAGUCUCCCGAGAGGUUGUUCCGCAUCAUGGAGGAAGACGUGAGCGGCCAGUGCGAGACCCAGUACCUGAUCCAGGACAGCCGGAAGGAGAAGGGCGUGCAGGUAGUCACCAAGACCAAGGACUUCCAGAACUGCAGGGAGAGACCUCAGCAGCAGCGCUCCUUCAUCAGCGGCAAGAAGGUCAGCAAGACCGAGAAGGAGGAGCACCUUCAGUCCACCGUGGAGACGCGCCAGCGCCUUGUGACGGACCGCAGCAGCAGUGGCAAGUUCCUGAUCCAGCGCGCAGAGUCACGUGGUCAGCACGUCUUCCAGCCUUACUCCCAGCAGGGAGGUGACGUCAUCACCUUCGCCAAGCAGACCCUUGAGCUGAUCGAGGCCAAGACGACAAUCCCAGAUCCGAAGAUCCCCGAGCCACUCCAGCCGGAGGAGAAGGGGAAACUGAUGUUUGUGUUCGAGAAGAAAACUCCCCAGCCCGGCAGCAGCCAGGAGAGCCGCGAAAGCAGCGAGAGCCGCGAGCAGAGCAAGGAAGUCACCCAGAAGAAGGUUACCCAGCUGUGUGAGGGCAUUGCCCGUGGCGUGAGGGAGACCAUCACUGAAGACACGCCCAAGCAGAUCAUCCAGCUUAUCACUGAGCUGCGCAAGAUGGACAAGCAGCAGCUCAAGACCUUCUGCCUGGAGAAGAUCCCCAAGACCGCACCGAACCCGAAGACAAGUCAGGAGAAGGCACAGUCUGAGACCCGCAAACUCAUGAUCGACGCCGUGUCCAUGGCCGGCACCGAGGAGGCUCUCAAGGCGGUUAAGGAGCUUCUGGAGGAGAGCAAGAUAACACAGGAGGAUGCACAGACCCUGAUAGCCGGUCUGUCUGUGUCCAUAAACCCCUGCACAGCCACUGCCACCCGCAUCAUGCUGGAAAUUGCGAAGUCUCCUCAGGCACAGCAGAACCCUAACCUGCGUAAGGUGUGCUGGCUGGCGUUCGGCACCAUGGUGCACAAGUUCACCAAGACACAGCCGCAGGAGGCCGCCGAGCUCAUACAGAUCAAGAGGGAGUACGCUAAGCAACUCCUUGCCGGUAUCAAGCCUGAGAAGACAGCUGAGGAGAAGAUGAUGUGCCUUAAGGCCAUCGGGAACGCCGGUCUGGAGGACUCUGUCGACAGUCUCGUGGAAAUCAUCUCCGGAAAGGACGCCAAGACGACCCCAACCGAGAUCAGACUGCAGGCCAUCUACGCGCUGCGCAGGAUCGCCAAGAAACAGCCUCACAAGACCCGUAACAUCCUGUUCCCAGUGUUUAAGAACCCAGAGAACCCGGCUGAGGAGCGUAUUGCUGCCUUCAUCGGCCUGAUGGACUCUGAGCCGCAGGCAUCAGUCCUGGAGCUGGUCGCCCAGUCUACACAGAGGGAGACAUCCAACCAGGUUGGCCGAUUUGUGUACACCCACCUGAGGAGCUGUGCAAACAGCCGCAUGCCGCGUGACCAGAAGACACGCCUGGGCUGCGAGCGGGCACUCCGGCUGUGCAGGCCCUUCAACCUCGGCAUCCAGUACUCACAGAGCGAGAAGUUCCAGGCUAUGGACGAUGAGAUGAAGAUGGGAGCGUCUGUUGCGCUGCAGACCAUCGCUGACAAGCGUUCUGUCCUUCCCCGUGCGGCCACGGCUAAGCUGAGCGUACAGGCUAUGGGCUACAGCAUCAACCUGCUGGAGACCGGCGUCAGGGCCUCGGGGAUGCAGACCAUGGUGGACUCUCUCUACAGGCAGUGGGAGGAUGGAAAGGGCGUGAUGCACUACCUGAAGAAGAAGAGUCAGGAGACCAGCCGGGAGUACCGCGACUCCGCCAGCGCACAGAGCACAGAGAGGCAGCGCACACUCAGGAACAUCGAGGCCGAGAAGAUACAGAGCAAGCUGAACAUUAAGACCAGGACUCCCGAGGACCCUAAGGGACAGAUCUACCUGAAGAUUGCCGGCAACGAGGUCUACUUCCACCAGUUCAGGAGCGACCUCCUCAAGAAGUUUGUCCGCGAGGACAGGCUGUCCAUCCAAGACAUAGAGCAGCAGCUGAAGGAGGGUGUGCAGACCACUAUGACGAAGGCCCAUCUGGUUGCUGAUGCCACCCAGCGGAUCCCCACUUCUCUGGGUCUGCCUCUGGAGCUGGACAUCAAGGCCAUACUGCUGGCCAGGUCUGAGAUUGGAGGCAGGAUGGAGGUUUCCCCAAGCCUCUUCCGCGAGGACCGCAAUAACGACAAGAAGGAGAUCACUGCCAUCGACGCCAGGCUGCAGAGCACUCACACCGUUGCCAUGCAGACCACUGGUAAGAUGACGGUUGACUGCCGCGUCAUCAAGUCUGGAGUUGCUCUUGACGUGACCAUGAACAGCCUCAUCCCCAUCUCUGGGAAGGCAACCUUUGACAUAAAGAACCGCCAGCACAAGCUGACCUUCGAGACUCCUGAGAAGGAACGCGAACUCCUGGUCCUGAAGUCUCGUCCCAUCGUCUUUACCGAGGAGACGGCCGCCCGCAAGACGCCCAAGACGCCCAACAGCAAGCAGGUGAAGGAGCCUCAGAUCAAGGAGAUCACGCUUCAGGGCAAGAAGAUCCAGAGGUUCCCCAGCACGAUGAAGGCUGCGUAUGGCCAGCAGGCCCUGGGGCUGGAGUUCUCCCUGAAGUCCAGCAUGGUCUCCCGCCUGAACAGGGAGAAGCGCGCCCCCUUCCAGCCCCUGUGCGGCCCCGUCGAGCUUCGUCUGGCUGUCAAGCCCGGCCAGAACAAGCCCGAGAAGAUUGAGAUAGAGUGCAGGCCGAAGGAGACCCGCUACACCUCUUCCGAGGAAACGUCUUCCCAGAUGACUUCCAAGGAGCAGACAACUUCCCAGCGCGUUGAGCUCGACAUCCGGGCAAACCACCCUCGCCAGGAACGGUUCAUGAAGAUCAAGCUGAACUACAGGGACGAGCAGGUUGAGGUGGACCCGCGCCGUCGCGAGCUGGACUCCCGUGAGCGGAAGGUCCCGAGGAAGUUCCUGGUGCGCUCCCUGAGGGAAAAGGAGCCGGAGAUGUCCUCUGAGACCCAGUACCAGGUCCGUCAGGACGGCAAGCAGCAGACACGCAAGACCAUCGCCAUCCAGAUCGAACGCUCUCGCAUUCCGGAGAUCGAGUCCUGGGACACUAAGAUGUGCGUGGACAUGCAGCUGGAGUACCCGACCAACCGUGACGUGAGACUGAUCCAGGACGGAGUCACCCAGGCUCUGGUGGACGCCAAGUGGGGCGCCGACUGCUCAGGAAGGGGACCCAGGGUCCAGCUUAAUGCCAAGUUCCAGAAGUCUGUAGAGCAGCGCCGCCAGGAGCGCCGUGAGGAGGCAGCGGAGUGGGAGAGCCGCAGCGGGGAGGUGCUCACCCAGUCUCAGGAGCAGAAACUGGACUCCAUCCUAGACUCUGUCAAGUCGCUGUGGUCAUGGUCCAAGAGCAAGAGUGAGGAGAGAAGCCCACGUUCGACCGAGUGGGAAGAGUCCAGGGAACAGGAGCGCUCCAGCCAGGAGAAGUCUCAGGAGAGAGCCUCUAAGGAGACCGGAGAGGCCUCCAGGUCUUGGGAGACGUCUUGGCAAUCCUCCGACAAGUUCCAGCAGAUAAAGCUGAGGCGCAACCUGUACAAGCAGUGUCUGAAGGACCGCCGUGAUGGCCAGCAGUACUCCCCUGUCUGUAGUGAGGCCCUGGACCAGCGUAGUCUGCUCAGGGAGCUUAAUGCCGAGAUUAUCUUCCAGAACAUUCCCGUGUGGCUUCAGCAGGCCAGCCUUGCCGCCCAUCGCUACAUCCAGAACACGUUCUACGGGCGCAGCAGCAUCAGGCAGGUCGGAAUAAACAACCCUGCUGGUCAGAUUCGCGUCCGUGCCAGCCUGGACCAGCCUCAGAGAGAGAUGAAUGUCACAAUCCGCACCCCUCGCCAGGAGCACAACAUCAGCCGGGUGCCUCUGGACUGGGUUCCUCUGUUCUUCCCUUCCACAAGGCGAACCCUCACUGAGCAGGCCAUGGACAAAGUCACCAAGAACAAGUACACUCCUUACUGCAAGGUCCAGGCCAACGACAAGAUCCGCACAUUUGAUGAUGUUGAGUACAAGUACCGGAUCGGGAAGUGUGACCACAUCCUGGCCAAGGACGCCUCUCCUGAGGAGAGGUUCAUGGUCCUCACCAACAAACCCAACCAGCACAGGCCGGAGAAGACUGUCAAGGUCUUCCUGGAGACUGUAAAGGUUGAGUUCAGGGUUCCACACAUCACCACCAGUCAGGAGAGUCAGCACAGCAGGGAGACCAGCCAGGAACGCCAGAGGAGCCAGGAACGCCAGUGGAGCCAGGAACGUCAGGAGAACCAGGAGGAAAACCAGGAAUGGCAGGAUCAGGAGUGGAGGCAGAGCCAAGAGAAGAGGCAGAGCCGGGAGCGCCAGCUGAGCAGGGAGACAAGCAAGCAGCAGCCAGGCAGCAAGCGUGAGUCCCAGGAGCAGCGUACCAGCCAGCAGACCUCUGCUGAGACCCAGUCCCAGUCCCAGAGCAGGACCUCCAAGUCUGUGGAGUGGACCAGCAGCGAGGAGAAGCUGCACCAGCAUGUUCCUAUUGAGGUGACGAUCGACGGACGUGAGGCCCAGAUCCAGCCCGGCCAGACCAAACAGAUCCGCCACGCGACCUCUGGUAAGGUCAUUUGCACCAUCCGUCGCCAUGGCAACACCGUGGAGCUGAGCUCCCCCAAGCACGGCCUCAAGGUCAAGAUGGACGGCCACUAUGUCCAGGUCAAGGUGUCUCACGACUACCGUAAGAAGCUGGUUGGUCUGUGCGGCAACUUCGACGGCGAGCAGUCCAACGAAUAUGAGGGCCCUCGCGAAGAGGUCUACAGGUCACCCAAGGAGUUUGCCCUGUCUUACCAGGUCCCCAGCAGGCAGUGUGAGGAGGAGGGCAAGAAGCAGCCAGUGAUGCGUAACAUCAUGCACACCCGUCUGAACGAGCGUAAUGAGGAGGAGGCCUGCUUCUCCAAGACGCCGGUCGCACAGUGCCCCCCGGGCUCCAAGAAGACAAAGUCCGAGGUGCGCUCCACCGAGUUCCACUGCCUCCUCAAGGAGCUGCAGAGUACCCAGAAGAUGAUCAAGCUGUACGAGACGAAGCCUCUGGGAGACAAGCUGCAGGGGAAGAGCACUGAUCUGGUGCAGGACGUCGAGGCCGAGCUGGAGUGCCGCGAGGACUAGUAACCAUGGCAACCGGUAACCGUGGCGAUAGGUCACUGUGGCAACAGUCAUCCGGCUUGCCAAAAUCAGUCUUCACCUAUUAGUGUCUAACUCUAAGAUUUGAUGUGUAUAUUUUGAAAUAUGCUGCAGCAAUAAGAAAAUUACUGUUUUUUUCUAACGUUUCUUAACUGUUUCUUUCUUGUUUAACUGGAGUGGAUUGAACAUAUUCAAUGUCGUUUUGUUUUCUUAAAGUGCUUGUUUGAAAGCAUGCAGUAUAUUGGCUGAGCGCCAUGAAAAAUUCCUGAUUAAACUGCAAAGCUCAUGCACUGAAAAA